UUUUCCAAAUUUAAUGAAGGAAGUCAUGGCAAUAAUCUUGUACAAGUGUCAAAAGCCGUCAUUUGCCUGGCUGUAAUUUAGUUCUAUAAAAAUAUUGAAUAAUCGAAGUUUUAUUUCAUUACACGUCUUUAGAACGUUGUUUCAGUGGUAUACCAGACUAUUUGUGCAGAGAUAGUGCCCCAGAAAACAGCGGCAGAAUGCUGAAAGUGUGGCAGCUGGGUCUCAUGAGCUACGACACGGCCCUGCAGAUUCAGAGGGCGGUCGUUCGCAAACAGCUCCACUGUGUCUCCACCGGGCAAGGGACCUGGGACACGCUCCUCCUGCUAGAGCACAGACCCGUUUAUACUGUGGGGAUCAGAGAUGACACACCGAAAGAGGAGGUACAGAGACUGAACGCCUUAGGAGCGGCCUUUAAAAAAACGAACAGAGGCGGACUGAUCACUUUCCACGGACCGGGCCAGUUAGUGGCGUACCCGAUCAUCAACUUAAAACGCUUCAAGCUCAAUGUCAAGUGUUACGUAAACAGUUUGGAGCAGACAGUCAUAAACAUGUGCUCAGAAUUGGGGCUGAAGGGCGAAAGAUCUCCGCACACCGGCGUAUGGAUCGGCGAUAAUAAGGUAGCCGCGAUAGGCGUGCAUGCCACCCGGUACAUCACCUAUCACGGCACCUCGGUCAACUGCGACAAUGACUUGUCCUGGUUCAAACACAUCGACCCUUGCGGCAUCAAGGACAAGGGAGUCACUUCCUUGACUAAAGAAACUGGAGAACCGUGCUCAAUAGAUAAAAUUACUCCUAUGUUUAUAAAGAAUUUUAAUGAAGUAUUCAACUGUGAAAGUGAAGAUCUGCCACUUGAUGAUCAGAAAGAAAUUUUGAGUAGUAUUUAUAAUAAUCUACUUGUGACCGAAUAGGGGCUAGGGAAUCAUUUUGCUCAGUGCAAUUACCUUUAGAUAGUUUACAUUUUUACUGAUCUGAUUUCGUGUCGAAAUGUGGUGUUCCACCUCCACCUUUGAAACUGUAGGCAAUUAGAAUUAUUUGUAAUGCAUUUGUUGAGUUGAA